AAGCUCAGCCACCAUUGGGCUCGAUUGAUACGGUACAACUGUCUCCCAGGCUGUUGAUAACCAAAGUUGCUCGAUAUUAGUGAGGAAGCCACCAUGGCUGCAUUGGUCCAGACGAUUCCCCAGCAGAACGGCACUAUCACCCUCCUCCAAACCCGUCCAUCCUCCGCUUCUGGACAGACCUUCGUUUCUGCCUCGCACAUAAACCAGCCCCAGCUUACGCGUGGUCAAGCCAUGUCGUUGGGCUACAACGGCGUGGGCGGGUCCGCUCCCAACAGGAACUCCGUGGCUCCCUAUGCCUUCACGAGCACCCCGGGUCUGGUUUCUGCUGCUGGAAAUGCCCAGCAACGUCAAUUGUCUUCCUUCCAGAGUCGUCCAGAAAACAUGUAUUCAACCUACACCCAGAAUACCACCCCCCAACAUGUGUCCCACUUCGCAGCUGGUUCUGUGUCCUCUUCUUCUUCAACCAACUCUUCAUCACGCCCCUCGUACAUAUCUCAAGAUGACAGCAUUCUCUCUUCCCGACGACGAACAAGCGAUGCGGCCCCUCGUCCUUUGUCGACCGUGAACUUGCCGACACAAUCCCCUUUCCUGAACCUGUCUUCCCCAUCCACAGGGGCUAAGCCGUCACCCGACCGCUACCGCCGAGGCAAGCGUUCCCAGGACAAUGUCAACAUGGCCGCACCUAUUCCUACCCGGUCUUCGUCGUAUGACCCAUCUACCACCACCCCGAUUCCUCAAACAUCACGGCCAGCGUUGGCUGGCCACGUACGAGUGCCGAGCGCGGAUGACACCCGCGUGGAAAAGCCGGCAAACCCAGAGUUGGCGAAGAGAUAUCGACGCAGGAGCUGGGCUAACAUGGAUGCUGCUGGAGCAUACUCGCAGGAGGAACCACUUAGCUCGACUCUCUUUGCUCCUCUGCCUGAGUUGAAGUUCGACACCGAGCCAGAUCGGCCUGUGUCUUCCUACUCGCAAAAGAACACCUCAUCAGAAAGCAUUCAUUCGGAGAAAGGUUCCGUGUCUACUGGCACCGAGAACAAACCUACAGUAAACACCUCUCACAGCCCGUCGCCGUUAUCGAAUCAAAUGACUGCCGACCCGGCCUCCCCGGCAUCCAAGACAUCCCCAGAGCCAAUCCACAGUCCUGCAGCACAGCGUCUUGCCGACAUUAGCAAAAUGAGCGGUAAAAAGCCAGGAAAAUCCCGUCUGCGGAGGGCUUUUUCGUUUGGUAGUGCAGCAGAACUUCGCAAGGUUUCUGCUCAAAACUCAAUGGGUAGGCGAGAUGGAGAUACAGAGACAGGCGGUGAUGAAUUGGAUCCAGAACAAGCUGCGAUUGCUGCACAGCAAGAAGCAAAUGGUCUAGGCAAUAGCAUUUAUAGUCAUCAGUUGGGAUCCACGGAUAACCUUUCCAUCUCUUCAACUGCUUCUUCUGCAUCGAUCAUGCUGCGCAAAAUGGGCAGGGGUAUGAAGAAGUCUGGCCGGUCGCUCGUUGGACUGUUCCGCCCAAAGUCUAUAUCCAAUAUGCAGACUGAUUCGGUUGUGGUCGAGCCUACAGCGCCACAGCUGUCAGUCGUCAAUAUAGAAGCUGAACGAAAGACCGUUACUGCCAACCCUGACCCUAGUGAUCAGACUGGGGGUGGUACUGUUUUCCCAAAGAUUCAACCCACCAAAGAAAAGACGACCGAUGUCUCUGUGGUUACGGAACGAGUUGCCCACGAUAUCAACAACUCUCGUAAGAGUAUUGUUGGCGGAGAACGAGAGCGUGCCGAAGUUUUGGCGGCUGUGAAGAAAGGCUCUGGGAGCUCUUCUCCUGUCAUCAAACCGAUAGAGACAACCCAGCCAUAUGUCGCUAAUUCACCUAACUCAAGCGCACCUAGCACCCCAGAUGACCGCUCGCAUCGGAUUGGACACCGACGAACGGACACAGUCAAAAUUGAAGGAGAAGACUACUUCCUGCAGCCGGGCAAGCUUGGGUCUGAUUCGAGAAGUGCGCCUGGAUCACCCCAACCGGUGACCAGCAGAGGCAUCGUGUUCAGCCCACGGAUUCAAUUCCACGAGACAUGGCCUAGCGGCGAGUACGACCGCCGGGGAGAACCGGCGACGUGCAACAGGUUGACUCCUCUCUUGGCUCAGCAGAUCAAGGAGGAGCUGAAUACCUUCAAAAUGGAAAUGGAAGUCCAUGAGACAUCAAAAGUCUACACGCAUUUCCUUUAACGGCAUUUCGAUUGGCGUUCAGCAGACUACUUUUUCGCAUUUGCAUCAUUCCUUGUUACGACCCGGGAUAGCUUGUUGAGAAAAUGCUCCAACAGUUUUUGUAUUCGGAUCAGAUAGACCGAUUGUAAAUUUCCACUUUGAUAUCAUUCUGGACCACCCUUUCCUUUCGAUUCUACUUUCAACCUUCGAGACUUCUCAUAUGCGAUGGUAUAUGAUAUACUCUUUUGUCUUUAAUUGUCAGCAUGAAUUCUAUAUUUGUGUCAUCAAAUGUCCAUCUUUGAGUGAGCGUCUCUGUACUUGUUCUUUCGUGUAUCAUCUUUCAUCUUCAUGAGUGGUUUGGAUUGUGCAG